AUGUACUACGUCAUUCCCCUCCCCCAUGAGAUCCUGAGAUUGAUUGCUCUGGGGCUUAACACCAUUGAAGACCGCAUCAAUCUAUCCCCCGUCUACCACACAGACACACCAAUUCGCACCCUCAUCGAGGGUGAAAUUGAGGGCGAAAUCGAUGGACGGGCACUUUUCGCAGCCAUCAUCACUGGGGACACUACACUUCUCGAACUCGCAGUAGAUUAUACUAAGAGGAACCACCCCAAUAAGUUAGAUGUCACCUUGCCACCUUACUGGGGUCAACUCCGGGAAGAGGGCGACCCGCCCCCGCCCGUGAUGCUUGCGGGAUUGCAGAAUAUCAUACCCUGGAUUGAUGACUACACUGCCCUUCAAGUAGCAAUCGUUGUUGGGAACAAGCGGUUCGUCAAGAGACUGCUGGAAGAGGGCGCGGACGUAGCCCGCAGGAGCCCCAGGCCAUGCUGGUCUUGCGAUGACCUGGACGACCCUGGCCACCCACCCCACUUCAAUCCCGACUUUGACGCCCCGAACGCGGCCAAGACACCAAUUCAUACUACCAUCUGUUAUGGACAGUCCAAGAUUGCCGAAAGACUCAUCAAAGCCGGAGCUUCAGGCAUUGUUUCCGAUGGCGACUCACCUCAGCCCCAAUGA